GCGUUCCCAUGAAAUUUGAAAUUUCCCUCUAUUUCGUACGACUGUUGUGUUUUCAACUGUUUGGUUCGUUGCAGAGAGAGCGAGAGAGAGUGAGGCGCGUAGGAGCUUCAGUGCCCUCGACCCAGACAAUCACUCGCGCUGCGUUUGGUUACGCUCGUAUUUGUUGAGUACUGCUUCCCGUCCUGCAGGCGUGUCUGUCAGUCCGUUUUGCUGUGUUUGGUGGUGGAUUGCCGGCGCUUUCACUGGGAGAAAUACGGAGAGCGUGUCUAAGUUAUUUGUCUUGUUCUGUUUGCUUUGCUGAAUCGAGUGUGUCUCUUGCAGUAUGGAUGUUUGUGAGUCAGUUGAGAAAGUGUUUUUGGGGUUUGGUAGAGGCGUCUUGUGAGAUUGAGUAUUAAGAAGAGUCGUGGAGACAUACGUUGGUAUCGGUGUGAGGGUUUCUUUAUUUCUCGGAAAAUGGCGUAGAGAAGAGGUAGUCAAUUUCGUGCACUUCGGGCAGAGUGGCGUGAUGGACGUUCGGGAAGCUCCCCCUACCCCGACAUUGGAUUUUAGAGAAUUGGACGAGACGACAACAUUUGAGCUGUACGAUGGGAGCAGCGCGGUUCAGAACAGGAAGAGGCGAAGAUCGUCCCUGCGUCGUGUGAGCUUUGCAGAACAGCCUUCUAUUCAUGUCUUUGCACGUGAUGACGAUUAUGAGACUCCUCCUGAAGGCACUACCUCCCACCUGUCAGCGCAGUCCACACCCACGAGCGUUUCGCGUAGUCCUCAGCGACGCUCCAGAAGACUUGCUGCAAGGGGAGGUGAACAGAACGAGAACGAGAUUGACAAAGAGAAUGUGCCAAUCAGUGUGGGAAGCAACGCCCGGCAGGGCAGGCGAGGUAGACGUCCUCUUGCUCUACGGGAUACGCAGAAGGAGAAGGAGGAGGAUUUUCUGAAGCCCAGUAAUUGGCUAGAUGAUCACGAAAAUUCGGCAUUCGGAAGCUGUGAUGAUAACACGGGACCCGUCGACCUUCGUCACAUUUCAUUCGAAAAUAGCACAGUGGCAUUGGAGGAGGAUGACAAUAUGACCAUGGAUAGCCAAACCUUCCACACUAGAAUGUCACAAGUAUUUGCUAAACAACCAUUGAACCGGCUUUCUGAGGAGAAGCUGGUGGAGGUGACCACUCCUGGUCAGUUGACAGACAUGGAGUUGACUACGGCGUUGACUCAAAGGCAAGCUCUGGAUAGAGAAAGACGAGUCUUGGAGCCACCCACAUGGCAUAGAGGUAGCGGUGACAGUGACAUGAGUCAAGGAUCUUUAAACGAAAUCUCUAUCUUUAGAGUUUUGUCCAAAAAGAGAUCCACUGCAAAGGAGUCGGACAGCCACGAUUACGAGGAAAAUACAACGGAUGUCGCAAACAAUUGGAUUGAGGAUGACGCCCAGUCAAGAGGGAGCAUGUCAAGCAUGCAAAUGAAAAAGAUAGGUUUAAUGCGUGAUAUGGACGAUGUGGUCUCAAUGGAAACCAGUUCGCCGCAGUCAAAUCGUGAGAGAAGUGAGAAUCUCAGAGACGAGCACGUAAUGGCUUACGAAGGAGAACAUGCUCCAGAUACAAGGAGUUCGCGGGAUUCGGACGGGUCGGAGGGAUCACACCUGCAGGGAAGCAGGACGAGGGAGCGAGUAGAUUUGAAUGGGAGAAGGCCAAGUACGCUUUUGCAGAACAGGUCUUCAAGGUUCGACAAUGAUGAUACCGUUUCAAUGGAGACUACUUCUCAGUCUCAUGCAGAUCAAAAUGAUGUAACUAUGGAGAUUGAUUCAGGGACUGAUGAGAGGUUCUCAAUUCCAAGUAAGCACUCAUCUGAUACUUUGGAAGGAUCUGUGAAGACGGCAUCAGAGCACACAGCGCUGGAUCCAUCAGCUCAUCAAUCUUCAGAACACAAUAUCACCCUUGAAUCCGAUCGCAUAGCUUUGAAACCCCCUGUACAUUCUGGUGCUAGUGAUGACUCCUCUGUGCUUUUGAAGCACUAUGAGCAACGGCUCAAAGGAUUGAGCGCAUCCACUUCUGAAAAGGAAAUUUCAGUUCAUGUCGACUCUAAAAUGGACUCUCAGAGUCAAUCGCUGAAAUCGCAAGGGUAUGCUCCAUCAAUGCCCGAGGAACGUCUGGCAAGACUGCAAGUCGACCGUCACGCUCAGGCACUUGAGCGGCAGGAGUUAUUCUCGUCGCAUAGAGCAGCGAACAAGGAAUCAGGGAAGUCAGUGAACUUACAAGCUCGUGAUGGUUUUGUCAACCAUGGCAUCGAACAAGGACCCUUGCUAUCCCUACCUGAUGAGAAUACAGAGUCUAUGGACAUCACUAAAACUUGGAAUGGACGUGUGCCUCAGCACAAUUCUGUUCCAACAAGGUCGUCUGAUUCUGCAAAAUCUUAUUUCUCAUUGGAUAAAGACCAACGCAUGGACAUGUCUGACGUAGAUAUUACGGAUAAAUAUGCCGAGGGUAUUACUGAGGCGAUACCCAAGUGGAAGGAUGUUUUGGGUGCCUACAACUGUGACUGGCCUAGCGUCGAGCCCCUGAAUCGCAUUUUACAGAAAAAACAUGACGUUAAUGCCGAGGAUUCUCCUGUAUGUGUUCGUAAGGCGGGAGUGGAUUUUGAUAAGGCACUACCAGCCAAGAGAGACGCUGGUCUAAGUAAAGCAACGGAAGACAGGGAAACAGUCCUCAGCCGAGAUCUGGAUGAAAGCACUGUUGAAUUCCACUUGAACAUGGGGAAGAAAAGGAACAUCUUUCAGAACCCUGAAGACACGUUCAGCUUCAAGGGGCAUCAAAAAAGUAUAAAAGAAACUUCAGUGUCACCUCCAUUGAUGCUGAAUGAAAUACCCAAACCAAUGUUUUCCAAUGUCCGAGAAAAAGUGGCUCUUAUAGAGGCCAAUCAGAGGAGCCAAAUUGCACCUAAUGGUUCGGAACGAGACUUUCAAGACGAAGACACAACUGGGGAUUUUACGGGCCAACACAACUGGAGAGCUGAAGUAUCAAGUGACAUGAGUACCACUCCUCUGUCACCCAGGAGACCGGAUUAUUUUCAACGUCUGAUUACUAAGCCGCAGGUAGCACCAAUUGCUUCGGAAACGGGUCUUGCUGAUUCUCCCUCAUUCGUAGACGGCAUUACAGCUGCCAUUCCAAAUGUCCAGGAUCUUCUAGCUGCUGAUGCUGGAACGCCCGAAUCAGAGUUGGGUUGGAAUCCCAGAAAAAUUGUUUGGAGUGCCCAGCAAUCCAAUCGUCAAACUAUGGAAGACCGAGACGAUUUGCGGCAGCCAAGAACAGUUCAGAUGGAAGAUGACACCAUGGACUCCUUGCCUGACCAACUUCGUACACCAAAAGGUCUACAAGAGAGGGACCACAAAUUUGAAUGCAUGACAGAAGAGGCAGUGAAGACUUUAAAUCAAGUGUCUCAUUCCAAGGAGGUGAGAAACAGUGUAGCAAGCAAAAUGUUAAUGAGGCUGAUGUCCAUACAGGACAAGGGCCGCGCAGAAGCAGAAUCUUCUUCUGAUGGGGAGUCCCAACAGAUACUUCGAAGAACUUUGCAGUUUCAUCCUGAAAGUGACAGUCAAUUGCCAUCGCAGUCCCUGAGAGAGGAGGAUACAGGACAUCAGAUGAGUGCUGGUGAUCCUGACGAUCUAAUGAAAGUGGAGAGCAUCAAGGACAUGGAUGAGGAAACAGAUUCAAUUGAAACAAAAACUCAUUCCAGUCGACAAGAAUCCAGAACGAAAAGUUUGCUUCAGGAGUUGCAGUUAUCUGAAGAGAAGCUUGGUGCCUUGAAGAGACGGUCCGAGGAACUACGAAUGAGGGCUCAGGAUUGUCACCAAGCUAUAGCGAAGAAAUGUAGGGAUGAUUCUUGUUUCGAGAUGAAGGAACUGGCAGCCUUCUGUUCCCAGGCACAUGUUAGCAAGCUAAAAAAGCGAUGCCAACUUCUAAAUUGUGUUCAGUGGUGGAACGUCAAGUCCGCGAAAACUGGGGAUGGCCAAGUUCUUCAUGAAUUCAAAUACUGGUCGUUGCUCACUCAUAGCAUCUUCGAGCGGAGUGCGAUAAAUCUCGAGUCUUUUGUGUCUAGGAGCUUGAUUGAUCUCAACGACGAGAAAAUUGAUCAGGUAUAUAGUCACAUGAAUGCCUCGCUUGCUUGGAGAUGGUUUCUGUCAGGACUUGACGAAAUAAUUCAAUCACAAAGCUUAUUUUAUCAUGUUCAGUGUAUAAACUCUAAGGUGAUGAUUCUGCUGGAUCUUAUGGAGGAAGUCAAGAGCUGUCGAAAAUAUCUAGUGAUACCUUAUUUCCGACUUCAGACUGAUACGAACCUUCAGCUCGGUCUAAAAUUCUCCAACAGCGAACUCUUGUUCGAUUUUGUUGUGUUGCUUAAUAUCAGGCAAGUCGUCCAGAUGAGGUACAGCAGGAGAUAUGAACUGGAUCGCGCGGUGGAGAUGAGUCAGAAGCUGGACUGUGAUGUAGAAAUGGAAUCUGAAGGUCGAUUCUUUGGGAAGAAAGUAUCCGCAGUAGAAAUCAAGAGCUGUGUGUCUUCUGUGGUCUCCGGACACCAGCUUUUGUCACGCGUUUGUGCCUGUGUAAAUACACUCAUCGAGAAGAUCAAGGGUGAAUCUAACUAUCGUUGAUGACCCUCCAGGGAGAAAUAGGUAUGUUUUUAAUUGAAAUCUCGACAUCACAUGUAGUGCAAUCACGCAUCAGAGAGAUUCCGGGAAGUGUAGAAUUAGCUCAUUACUUAGUCUUAUGAGGUGCUAUUCAUUUAUGAUCUUAGAACUAUUAAACUCUCUCUAGGUGUGGAUUCAACUGUUAGUUGAAACGGUUGUGUCUUACUGGGUAGCCUGUCCAUCCGGAGCUCAUUCUGUACAAUUUGCUAUAUCAGAUUAGUUGUAGCAUGUAACUCACUUUCACUUAUCUACGGUUAACACUUGGCGAGCUUCAUGAUUUUGCA